AUGCCUGGAGAAAGAGAUCACACAUGGAUUCCAUUAUUUGGUAAAAAUGUUGUCAUCGCAUACGGCGAUCCAAUAGAUUUUAAAGAUAUUCUCAUUAAUUAUCGUGCAGGAAAGACAGAUGAAGUUACAACACGAAUCAUUAUUACUGAUAUAAUAUUUCGUGCAAUGGCUGAAUUAAAAAAAAAGUCAGAGUUAUUAGAAGCUAAAAAAUUUAAACAUACGUGGUCUCGAAUUAACGCACAUCCUAAUAUAGCUAGUGAUUGUACCUGGUUUGCGAGAACGGCUAGUCGGGUAGAUGCACCAAAGG